CGCGUAUUAAAGAAGGCUUCCCUUAAACGCCUCUCUCGUCUCCUUUCUUGGAGAGAGAGAGAGAGAUGCCAGACGAAGAAGAAGAGGAAUCAGAGGAAGCCAGUGAAGUAGAAAACAAGUAAUUCGAUUAGGAUUUUCGCGAUUGAGAUUGGUAAGGUUUUAGGAGGGGAGGGAGAGGUCGAUGGCGAAGUCCGGCGCGGCGGAAGGGGCGGCGCUGGCAGACCGGAGGACGGCGGAAGAACUGAAGAAAGAGCUGAGGAGACUCAUGAAGGCGAUCGUGGAGGACGAUGAAGGGAGAUCGGAAACCUACGAGGAUGCUGGACGGGUAAUCGCAGCAUUAAGGGAGCUGCGCACUGGUUCCGGAGCCGGAAUCCCCGGCCGGAAGGGGUCGCCAUCCGACCAGAAGGUAAAGUAUCAGCAGCGAUCUGAGAAGAAAGUGACCAGCGCGAUCGAAUCGCCGGUUUCGACUCCAGCGUCAGUGUCAGUACCGAAGCAUUUCUUCUGCCCGCUGUCGUCUGCGAUCAUGAGGGAUCCCGUCGUUCUUGCAACCGGUGAGACCUAUGACAGAGCCUAUAUUCAAGAAUGGCUCAGCUCCGGAAACAGGACUUGUCCCCAAACACAGCAAGUUCUCUCCAACACUAUCCUCACCCCCAAUCACCUCGUCCGCAACAUGAUCUCCCAGUGGUGCGCCGACCAUGGCGUCGAUCUCCGACCGCCGGAAAACCCUGACACCGAAGGCCUCAUUACCUUCUCAGAACGCCGCGUUUUCUCCACCCUGCUCACGGACCUCUCGUCCCCUUCGGCCAUCGACCGCAAACAGGCGGUCAAAUCACUCCGCCAGCUCACCAAACGAAGCCGAUCCUUCCGCGCUCUCGUCGGCGAAGACCCUACCGCCAUUUCCCAACUGCUCUCCAUUCUAUCCGCUGCCGGUGCUGAUCUCGAGCUCAGGGAGGACGCCGUUACCGCAUUGCUCAACCUCUCCAUCCACGACGCCAACAAAAAACGCAUCGGUGAGAGCAAUGGCGUCUCCCUUCUCAUCCAAUCGAUGAAUUCGAGUGGCACAAUGAACACCCAGGGUAACGCCGCCGCCGCUCUGUUCACCCUCUCUGCUCUGGACUCCAACAAGGUGAAGAUAGGCGAAUUGGGCGCAAUGUCUCCGCUCAUAGACUUGUUUGAGACCGGAAGCCCGGCCGCCAAAAAGGAUGCAGCGUCGGCGAUCUUCAACCUCUGCAUGCUGAAUGAGAACAAGGUCCGGGCCGUGAAAGCCGGUGCGGUGGAUGCCUGCAUUGCGGAGAUCGCGAGCAGCUCAUCGACGAUCAUGGACGAGUCAUUAGCAUUGCUGGCGUUGCUGUCGGGGUAUCAGGAAGCUGCGGAGGAGGUGGCGGAUGGCGGCGGCGUGCCUGUGCUGCUGAAGAUUUUGAGGGAGGGUGGGAGUGCGAAGAAUGUGGAGAACGCCGUGGUGGUAUUGUAUGCGGUUUGUUCCGGUGUAAGGAGGAAGCUGAUGGAGGUUGGGGAGGAGGAGACGAUGAACGGGACGAUAUCAAAGCUGGCGAGCGGCGGGACGUCGAGGGCUAUGAGGAAGGCGGCUGGGAUUCUGGAGAAGUUGAAGAGGGUAAUGCACAGCACUCACUAUUCUUGUUAGUGAGAGAUGGCGAAUAACCGGCGGGGGUAGACGGUGUAAAUAGUUGCAGAAAGGGGGAGAUGGAAGAAGGAGAGGAGGGGGUUUCGAAAUGCGAAUUAUUACGUCCGGAUGUCUAGACACUGAAUCCAGAGGCACCACGUCACUCGAAUACAUUGGAUUCUGAUGCAUUUUGAUGAUGUGGCGCGUCUGGACAUAAUAAUUUGCCCUUCGAAAGCCUCUCCUGAGACUUGAGGGCAUGUUUGCAUGUCAAAUGCUUGUUCAUAGAAGGUCUUUACUUUUUUUUCUAAAUUUCAUGCUUCUGAGUAUACUUUCCUUAAAUAAUUAAAAAAAAAAGAUGCCACAUAGUAAAA